CGACGAAAACCCAGAUCAUGACGUCAGCUACAAAGUAAAAAAAAAAAAAAAAAAGAAGAAGAAGAAGAAAAAAUAUGUGACGUAGUAGCCAAGAUGGCGGCUCCCCUUUCCACGAUGAAAUUUUGGAAGCCGGGCGCCGAGGCUCCGGGGAUCUCCGAGGAGCGGGAGCUGAACACAGAGACCACCGGCUCCCCCAUCAUCUUCAACCCGCACACCGCCCUCUCCAUAGAGAAGCAGCGACAGAAACUCCCCGUUUUCAAGCACAGAAACAACAUCUUAUACUUGGUGGAGAGCUUCCAGACUGUCAUUAUAGUUGGUGAGACAGGAUGUGGAAAGACAACACAGAUACCUCAGUACCUGAUGGAGGCCGGCUGGGCGGCCGAGGGGAAGGUGAUUGGAGUGACACAGCCUCGCCGUGUGGCUGCUAUCUCUGUAGCUAACCGUGUGGCAGAGGAGCGGGGGGCCCUGCUGGGACAUGAGGUGGGCUACACCAUCCGAUUUGAUGACUGCUCUGAUCCCCACGCCACAAGAAUCAAGUUCCUUACAGAUGGCAUGCUGGUGCGGGAGAUGAUGGCUGAUCCUCUUUUGAAAAAGUACAGUGUGUUGAUGCUAGAUGAAGCACAUGAGAGAACCCUGUAUACAGACAUCGCCAUCGGCCUACUGAAGAAGAUUCAGAAGAAGCGGCGAGACCUGAGGCUGAUUGUGGCCUCUGCCACUCUGGAUGCCAAGAAAUUCCACGACUUCUUCAACCUGAACGAGUCCGGAGAUCCCAACAAGGACACGUGUGGAAUUCUGACGGUGGAGGGACGCACCUUUCCAGUGGACGUCUUCUACACCGUCAGUCCAGUCCCGGACUACGUGAAGGCAACAGUGGAGACGGUGCUGAAGAUCCACGAGACGGAGGAUGACGGAGAUGUCCUGGCUUUUCUAACUGGGCAGGAGGAGGUGGAGAAAGUGGUGUCCCUCCUCCAGGAGCAGGCCAGGACUCUGUCACGAUACGGCAUGAAGAAACACCUGAGAAUUUUGCCCAUGUACUCUGGACUACCAUACGCUGAGCAGAUGAAGGUCUUUGAGAGGGCUCCCUCCUCUGUUCGCAAGGUUGUGGUGGCCACUAACAUAGCUGAGACCUCCAUCACCAUAAAUGGCAUUGUAUUUGUCAUCGACUGUGCGUUUGUGAAGCUGCGGGCCUAUAAUCCUCGCACUGCCAUUGAAUCGCUGGUGGUUACUCCCAUCUCCAAGGCUUCAGCCAGCCAGAGGGCUGGGAGAGCUGGGCGAAACCGACCUGGGAAAUGCUUCAGGCUGUACACGGAGGAGGACUUUGAGAAACUGCCUGCCUCUACUGUGCCAGAGAUGCAGCGCACCAAUUUGGCUCCUGUCAUCCUGCAGCUUAAAGCAUUAGGCAUUGACAACGUGCUGCGGUUCAGCUUCCUUUCUCCUCCUCCAGCUCAGACGAUGGUUCAGGCACUAGAGCUGCUCUACGCUCUGGGAGGUCUGGACCAUUACGGCCAUUUGACUGAUCCCAUGGGUGUGCGGAUGGCAGAGUUUCCUCUCAGCCCCAUGUUUGCCAAGAUGCUCCUGGAGUCAGGAAACUUUGGCUGCUCCAAAGAGAUUGUCACCAUUGCGGCAAUGAUGCAGAUUCAGAAUAUAUUUGUUGUGCCGCCCAAUCAGAAGAAAGCUGCUGCCCGAGAGCACAGGAAAUUUGCAGUGGCUGAGGGAGACCACCUCACCAUGCUGAAUGUGUAUGAAGCAUUCAUUAAGCACCAGAAGAGCUCCCAGUGGUGUCAGGAACACUUCCUCAAUUACAAGGGUCUGCUGCGGGCUGUGACUGUACGAGAGCAACUCCGGCGUCUCAUGAACAAGUUUAAGGUACCACGGACUUCCAGUGAAGGUGACCCUGAUGUGAUCUUGAAGUGCAUUGUAUUAGGAUUUUUCGCUAAUGCAGCCCGCAUUCACCAUUCUGGUUCCUAUCGGACUUUAAGAGAUGAUCGUGAGCUUCACAUCCAUCCCAACUCUGUGCUAUUUGGGGAGAAACCUCCAAAAUGGGUUGUUUUCAAUGAAGUGGUGCAGACGGCUAAAUACUACAUGCGUGAUGUGACUGCUGUAGAGUCGUCCUGGUUGGUUGAGUUGGCCCCUCACUUUUACAAGCAGGCCAAGCAUGGUUCACUGGCAAGCAAGAGGUCCCGGGUCCUCUAAAUCUCGCCUUCAUUUCACCACGACCGGAAGACUUGUUGAACUAAAAGGAGAAAACCCAUCUCAGUUUGCCACUGUGCUCCCCCCUUCCCCCUCCAUUUUAUUGUAUAUAAAGAUGUAAAAUAUAUUUGUUGUCCAUAUUCACCCGCACAACCCCACUACACUAUGUGGCCAUGCUAAAAUGGGAUCAUUGACAUUAACAAGUGUGACUUGCUUCAUUUGAAAGCGUCCGUCUUACGCUUUGGCAGGGAUUUAUAUUUGAUUUGUGAGAGUAAAUGGUGAUGAAUGUGAGAUGAGAUCGGGCUGUGCCUGAUGAGUGUCCAUUCAAGUGUGGUCAUGUAGUUCAUUCAUACUUGUACAUAGUCAGAGCAGGCUCAGGUCCAGGGAACGGCUCAGGUGCCACAGGCCCGUGCACACCUGGUUCUUUGCUUCAUUAUUUUUUUAAUAGCUGUAUUUUCCUGUUACAUGAUAACUAAUGGAAGACACUGGAAUGUGAGGAUGUUUCCCUUUGAGAGACGAAUGGCUUUUUUUUUUUUUUUUCUCCCUUUAGUUAUUUCUUUCCCCUCAUAGCCUGGGUGCCUUUUAUGUUUUGAAUUCAUUUAACUUAUUUCAUUUCCUGUUUAGAUUUGAGUUCUCAAACUUUCUGUACCUUCAUACAGAAUGUAGUGAUAUAUAUAUUUUCAGGAAAUUUGGUGCAGAAGGAAAUACAUUUCUUUAUUUUUCGGUGAGCCUCAGAUCCUACAUCCUAAAAUGAUACUGUGAAAAGACGGCUUUACUUUUUGAUCAUUGUUUUCUGAUCUGUAUUGCCACUUAACUACAGUCUAGCUCAGACAUAGUGGCCUUGUCACCACUCUGUGCCAGUUUUUCUUUAUCAGCCUAGUUCACAUUUCAUUUUCAGGUGGAAUGUGUAAACGCACCCAAGCAUUGUAAAUGAAAAGCUGUGAAAUCAAAACUAAAAAGUGCCAUUUGUUCCUGUGAUGACACACAGUGCAUUCAGACGUGCAUCUAAAGCCUCAAAGAAACAGUAGCAUUUAUUCGAUUUCAGCAAUCUCUUUGGCCAUCCUAAUUGCUUCUCCUUUAACUGUUUGUCUCCGUUCAAGCAAAACAGUAUUUGUGCUUUUUUCCCCCUGUUAUUGUCAACACCAUCUACCUGGAGAGUUACAAAAUGGCCAGUUAUUUGUGAUUUCCGUGAUCCAUUCCAUAACAGCUACAUGUGCUCUACAUUUCUGCUUUUGUUUUUAUUUGUACUUUGUUGUUUUUGGCCCCGAAAGCGUAAGCGAGCAGUAUAUUGUUCAAGGUUUGUCAUUUCACCAGUAAGGUCACUGUCACCAAAAUUUACUUCUGCCUGCAUGGUUUGUCAUUUAUCUUGUUCUUGGGGUUACUACCACUGUAGAUUCAGUGAAACUGUAAUCAAACCGCAGAACAACACAUCACACCGUAGCUAGGUAAACCAACUCCAAUUAGAUGGAUAUACAAAUGAGGUACCUUUGCAUGUAAUAAUGGUACUCUGAUGUAGACCUAUAGACUUAACAUCAUCUCCUAGACUUAUUGCAAAUGAAAACAUUCGCGAGAUGACUUGUUUAUCCUCAUUUGUGCUGAUACUCUUGAGUAUGUAUGCAGCCAAAGCAGUAAUCUGUAGACCUGUGUAAUUGCUCACCACUGAGAUUCAAAUUGUCACCUGUCAUUCCUUCCUCACAUCCUCAAAUAAAGCCUUAUUGUCAUGCACCAAG